GAGGAGGAGGAGGAGGUGCAGUACCGGGACUGGGGGUGGGCUCUGGGGGGAGAGGGGCUCACCCGUCCCCUCUGGGAAUAUGGCGACUGGUGGCUACCGGACCGGCGGCGGAGGCGGCGGCGGCGGCACCGGCACCACCACCACCACCGACUUCCUGGAGGAAUGGAAGGCGAAGAGGGAGAAGAUGCGAGCCAAGCAAAGCCCCCAGGGCCUGAUUGCGGUCCCCGCGAGCGUGGUGGGAGGCGGAGGGGUGGCUAGUGACGGGGUCGGCAAGCUUCUGGCCGGAGCGCUGGGGGCUCCCCCCUCCUCCGCCUCGCCUGCCCCCCUGGCCAACGAGCUCAACAAUAACGUCCCCCCGAGCGCGCCGGCACCUGCUGCCCCCGCCCCCGGGGGCGUCAAUUACACGCUUCCCUCCGCCUCGGGCUCGGCAGCGGCCCGAGCCCCCCCUGACCCCCGCAGAGCCGAGGAGGAGCUCCCCAGCACCUCCGCCGCCGGGCUAGCUGCGGCUGCGGGCGCCUCGUCCCACGGCCCCCCCGCGGGGAGCCGAGCCGGCCCCGACGCCGGGGUGCAGCCCCCCUUGGGCGACAGGGUGGAGCAGGACAGUGCCAAAGAGAAAGGGAAGAGCUCGGGCCCCAGUGCCAGGAAAGGCAAGGGGCAGAUCGAGAAGAGGAAGCUGCGGGAGAAGAGGCGAUCCACGGGAGUCGUGAAUAUUCCCGCAGCCGAGUGUCUAGAUGAGUAUGAUGAUGAUGAAGCAGGCCAAAAAGAGAGGAAAAGAGAAGAUGCUAUCACACAACAGAAUACGAUGCAGAAUGAAGCUGCAACGUCAGAUCCUGGGGGUUCAUCCCUAUUGCAGGAAACACCUAGGGCUGUUUCAAGUAGAUAUAAAAGCACAAAUAAUACCCCUGAAGAUGAUGUCUCAGGUCGAUACUCUCGAACGGACAGGGCAGUGUCUAGGUACAGCAGGGAUCCAGCUGCUUCUGCUAAUUUAGUCAUAUUGGAAAAGAAAAUUGAAGAUAUGGAAAAGGAAAUAAUAAAAGAGAGACAAGAAAACGUAAGACUCCAGAAACUGAUUCAGGAUAAAGAAGAAUUAAUUGGAAAACUCAAAGAAGAAAUUGAUUUAUUAAAUAGGGACCUAGAUGACACAGAAGAUGAAAAUGAACAGCUAAAGCAGGAAAACAAAACCCUUUUGAAAGUGGUCGGACAGCUGACAAGGUAGAAGACCCCGGCCUCAGUGAGGAGAACGAUUUGUAAAACUACUGAUUGAAUGUUGAGGUCAAUGCUAGGGCAAUAUUUCCCAUGCUGCAAUACAUUAAAAUAACUAAGAGUGUAUUUAUUUCUUGGAAACUGAUGGAUGUUUAUUUUCAUAAUAUUUUUCUUUCUCAAUAUCAAUAAAGAUAAGGUAUCCACCUCAUUUCACCAAUAAGCAACAUUUUUCAGUUAUUGAAAUAGUUGAUAAGGAGCUAUGAAAUUCUCUGGUUUUAUGUAUUCAGAUAAUAUAUGUGGUCCAAAAUGGCUCAGACUAUGUCUUCACCUCUGGUGAGGUAUCUCCCUCCCAUCCUCAAAAAAAAGAAAAAGAAAAAAAAAGUAAAGAAAUAGAAGCAUAAAAGCUUUGUUUACAUGGGUCCAAAUAUAUUUGGGGAGUCACUUGCUGUUUGAACAGCUGUAAAGUGCAGAUGCCUUAUUAGCGACGUGUAACCUUUUUGCAUAUUGAUGGCUCACUCUGACAAAAAUCUGGGUGUACCAUGGUUCUUGGGGGUUUGUUUUUACUUAUUCUGAGAGAUUAGAAUAAUAGGCUAGCUCUGUUCCGUAUUGCAGUCAUCUUUUUAAAGGAAAGCUGUUAUGAAAUUACAGUCAAUCUCAUGUAGUAGAGUUCAGCUAGAUAUAAUUUUUUUUUUUUUAGAAAAGUACUUGAAUUGUGCUCCAUACUAAGUACAAAUUUACCAUCUUGGGUCUGUAUAUUGAGAAUUUAAAGAAAGCGCUUUAACUUCUGCAAAAACGUACAAAUGUAAUGUUUAUGUAAAUGUUCUUAUGAAGUUUGUAGGUACUAUUUUUUAUUGUUUGGAGAAGGUUUAUUAGAACAUGUUUGUAAAGAGAAAGAUAAGAGAACAUGUUUGUAAAAAGGAAAAAAAAAACCAGAAGUUUGUUGUUCAAGCCUAUUCACAAUUGCAGUUUAUAAUAAAAUACAUAUUCUUAACAUCUUUUUGCCUUAAAAUAAAAAUGAAAACGGUUAUCUGGA